AUGGGAGAUUCUUACCAAGUCUCCAUCAAAAACUCUCUGCAAGAGAGGCCAGCAGCUGUUGAAGCGAUAAUUAUCAACAGUGGCGUGCAACAACAAACAGAACCUGUAGAUAAUCGAGCCGAGCCACUGAGCAUCGAAGGCGUUGAGCGUGGAGAAGAUGUCAAACGAUGGAAGCCAUAUGAAAAUUCCAAAUACGAAUCACCGGUGUUAAAUCGAUUGGUGCCUUGGCCACUGUACUAUUAUUGCCGCUGGAAGACACUUGAGAUCUUCCACACUCGGCUAGUGUUCGGCAUAGUACUUGGCGAAGUUCUGUUUUUUCUUCUGCUAGUUGGAUGUCUUGCUGGAGCUCUGGCGGCUUCUGGCAUGCAGAAAGGCGAGGAUGCAGCCGAGGGCACUGGAAGUAUAGCGAUCAUUCCAGCAGCUCUGGCUUUCGCUUUUGCCUGCAGAAAUUCUGUGUGGGUUCUCUUCACAGGCUUGCCAUUUGAAAGAGCGCUUUUUUGGCGUAAGCUGUGCGCUUAUCUUAGUGUCCUGGUUGGAGCUUGGCAUGGCUUCUUGUCAGAUGAAUGGGAUUCAUCUGGGCUAGUCCUCACCGGCACCAUGGCUGCUCUGUGUUUAUUCUCCCUGUGGUUUAUCCGUCGGCGUAUCUUUGAAGCUUUUUAUCGCUUCCACUGGAUUCUAUUCCUGGUUGUAAUUGGGUCUGCAUUCGUACACGGCGCUGGUGGGAUUGCGUUUGGAGCUGCUCCAUGGUUGUUUGACAUAUUAGUCAGGCUGCUCAUCUCAUUUUCAAACAACAAGCACCAACGAAGUAUUCUAGCCGUGCGUUUGCCAUCCAACGUGGUCCGCCUCACGUUUCUUAAGAGGGAUUUUAAAUACAAAUCAGGUCAAUACUGCUUUAUAUGUGUUUUUCGUCACAUUGUGUCAAGCAUAAAGUAGAUGGUCUCUAAGAAAGCUGGUGAUGCAUUGUCAUUGGGGUCAAACACCCAGGGGUUUACUUUCAUAAAAUUGCCUUUAUCAGUUGCGGGUAGCUUUCAGGCUUCAAGUACAUGAAAGGGAAAGGAUUUCACUAGCUGAAUUAUAUGGAAGAGUAGGGAAAUGUGUCAUUUCGGCCUGUAAAAAGGCCCAAAAUGGCUAACAGUUGCGUUUUAUAUCUGCGAAAACGGUCACAAAAAAUUCUAGUUUUGUGAUUUAUUCAUAUUUAAAAGACAGUGCAUUUACUGCAGUUUAAAGGGAUGCAAAGUUUUAAACUUAGUAUGUGAAAGGGGUUCCAUUUGUCAAUAGAAGGUGUACGAAACGGGUGCCCUUUCAGCCAAAAAUGGUAUACAUACAAGGGUAAGCUAAGGGGUUGAACUCCCACAUAAGACUUUGUUAAUGUGAAGAGGAUAAGAGGAACGAAUGAGUGAAUUGUUUCAGUGUGCCCGAAGGCAAAUUUACUAUGUCAACGAAGUUGAUACAAUUUUUUUUAAGGCACACAAGACCAAUUAUUGUUUCAGUAAAGGGAUAGUUUCUCACAUUCCUAAAAAAACUGUACUGGUUAGGGUUGGUCUGGCGAGGGUCUAGCACUGGAAAGGCCAGCUCUUAAAUUUCAUUACGAUGGUGAGUUCAAACGAAAGCCUAGUCGGAGGACUAGCUAUGCUUAACAUUUUUUUCUAUUCUCUAUGAGUCUAUGUCCUUAGCUUGGCGUCUGUAUUAUCAUUUGUCAAUUAAAACGCUCGUUAAGAAUGUAGUGAUUCUUACGAAAGAUCUGUGACAUAGGAAUGCAUUUCUGACAGUGGUUUUGUUUGUCGGUUAAAAGGUUAUGUUUAUCUGGUCCGUUCGUGACCUGUUUAUGGUGACCUCAGUUCUUGAUUACGAUAAGGAGUACUUCCAAAAGAACACGAAUCUUAGACUACCAAUCUCCUUCUGCCCCGAUCUGGUCGUACGGGGACAGCCCCAAGAGGUGAUGGAAAACUAUUUCCAUCUCACCAGAGAGAGAGAUUCGUCCAAGUUUGAAGAAGCCAACAUCCGUCCAGAAAUGCAACCAGAUCUGAAAUUCGGUCGCCCUGACUUGCAAAAACUAUUCUCUAAGAUGAAAGGCUAUGCCAGUGAGAUGGGCGAGGGUAAAGUGGCGGUACUGACGUGUGGCCCAGCAUCACUGGUGAACUCAGUCGAGAAAUUGUGCGCCACGUUCUCAAGUGGAGGUGUUACAUUUGACUUCCAUAAGGAAGUCUUUGAGUUUUGA